ACACAAUGGUGUGAGAUAGCUUUGCAGGAACACUAUAUAAAGCCACCCUGCAAGCCCAUAUUCACUUGUCACACUGGAAUUAAAUUUUAUUCAUAGUGUGUCUUUGAAAAACAUAUACGAUAGCUAUCUGAUAUAGCUAUGGGAAGCUCUCCCAUUGUUGUUUCUUUUCUAAUACUAAGUUUUCUAGUUACUCUGAGCAGCUUUGCUGGAGAAACAGAGGCUAGAGCUUUCUUUGUUUUUGGAGAUUCACUUGUUGACAAUGGAAACAACAAUUACUUAGCCACCACUGCUAGAGCUGACGCUUAUCCUUAUGGCAUUGACUAUCCAACUCGUCGUCCCACAGGCCGUUUCUCUAAUGGCCUUAACAUUCCUGACAUUAUCAGUGAGCAAAUUGGCUCAGAACCCACAUUGCCAUAUUUGAGUCCAGAGCUCACUGGUGAAAAACUCCUUGUUGGCGCUAACUUUGCUUCUGCUGGGAUUGGGAUCCUCAAUGACACUGGAAUUCAGUUUCUGAAUAUAAUUCGGAUAUACAAACAGUUGGAGUACUUUCAGCAGUAUCAAGCACGUCUAAGCGCUCUUAUUGGAGCUGAAGGUGCACAAGAGCUUGUUAAUCAGGCACUGGUACUCAUCACCCUUGGUGGCAAUGAUUUUGUCAACAACUACUACUUAGUGCCUUUCUCUGCCAGAUCUCGACAAUUCGCUCUUCCGGACUACGUUGUGUUUCUCAUUUCAGAAUACCGCAAAGUCCUUGAGAGGCUAUAUGAGUUGGGAGCAAGACGGGUUUUGGUUACUGGAACUGGACCACUGGGAUGUGUUCCUGCAGAAUUGGCUAUGCGUAGCAGAAAUGGGGAAUGUGCGGUUGAGCUGCAACGAGCUGCUGCCUUAUUCAACCCCCAACUUGUGAAUUUGAUUAAUGGACUUAACAGUGAAAUUGGUUCAGAUAUCUUUGUGGCUGCUAAUGCACUCCAAAUGAACAUGGACUUCGUCAGUAACCCUCAAGCUUAUGGAUUUGUUACAUCAAAGAUAGCAUGCUGUGGGCAAGGACCCUACAAUGGGAUUGGACUGUGCACUGUUGCAUCAAACUUGUGCCCAAACAGAGAUUUGUAUGCAUUUUGGGAUCCGUUUCAUCCAUCAGAGAAGGCAAACAGAAUCAUUGUGCAGCAAAUCUUUACAGGGUCCAACAAGUACAUGAACCCAAUGAAUCUUAGCACUAUUAUGGCCUUGGACUCAAGGACAUGAAAAAAAAAAAAAAAAAAAAAAAAAAACAAAACUCAUAUCCAUUUCUUUCAUGUUGUCCUAGCUAGUGUUAUUGCCAUUGUUUUAUUUUCCUUUUGGUGGUACUAAAUUUUUAGUGUGAUAUUUUUAAUAAGUAAUUUCUGCUCGUCUCCAUUGGCUGCGGUGUGAGGGUAUUUUUAUAAUUUUAAUUUUGUUCGUGGAAGUCACAACUCAACUCUAUUAGAAACAUGUUAAGUGUGGUUAGUUGUUAUUUGUGGCAUACGACAAUAUGGCUUUGAAUUGAGAGAAGGAAAAAAAAUAUAUAUGCUGUAAUUGUUUUGGCUUUUCUUGUUCAUAUUUCAGAUUUCAUAUUCACUUUGUGCACAAAUUGUUCCUUUUCCUUAUCAAAUAAAGUGCAACUUCUACAUUA